UUUCCAAGCAGGCCGUGUAUUCCGAACCCUUCUUAGCCGUGCUGCGUGUCUGUGCAGGGUGUCCGGAUAGGAUCUCUGUUUCCGACUGAAGGCAUGUAGCUGCAUUUCUAUGCCAGAAAUUUAACCUAGAAGUUGGAGGUUAUCAGCGACAAGUUGAAGAUAUUUAAGCAUCAAGAAGACCUGCUACAUAAUUAUUAUUUCCCCCUAGUUCUGGAGGAGGCACUUGAGAGAUGCAGAAACUGGGCGAGUUCAAGCUACCUCACUUUUUCAAUUAUCCACCAUACUUCACUUUGCAGCCUGUGAGAGACACGAGAGAGAAGCAAGUACAGUUGUGGAAAGAUCUUAUUCUAGAUUACUGCAAAACGCAGAAGAUAUUUGUGGUUGGUCUUGAAGAAGAAUUCCCUCUAUUUUCAAAUCCUGCCAUUGAAAGGUCUCUUAGUCAUGAAGCCAGAGAAGCCUUCCUGUCUGCAUUAGUUUCAGAAGGACGAGCUGAAUGGAUGGAUAAAGGACGAAAAAAAUGUCUUAUUCUCUGGCACCGGAUUCAAGAUUGGGUUGACAUUAUUGUACAGUUUGCGAAGGAUAAUGGAUUGGAGGACGGUGUUGUGACAAUAGAGGAAUUAUGCUCAGGGACUGAAUCUCAAGGAACAGAGCUUCAUGGGAUAGAUCGCACCAUCUUGAAUCGUGCUUUGAAGCUGUUAGAACAGAAGGGGAAGCUUGUCAUCUUCAAGGGAACUUCAGCUGAUGAUGAAGAUCAAGCAGAGGCCAUUGUGCUGUUAUAUUCUACUUUGACUUCUUCCUUGUGCCAAGGCUCUGAUCUUGGGGUAACUCUGGUCAUACACGCUGAAGAGAUGCUUCCUGUGCGCACUAAGGAAUUACAUAGUUGGAGAGGGCAUAUGAUAAAAUUGAGUGGAAUUUUUCUUGCUGACACUCUGGAAGACACUGGGCUUUACGGGAACCUUAUAAAGAUCAUGAGUUCUGUUGAAACAGCCAGAUUGAAAAUUUCGUGAAAUGGCAAAGAAUCUGAAGCUGGAGCUGUUGGAACGAGCAAGGGUAUUGGUGAGGGCCAUCUGUAAUACCUGCAAUUGUUAUGCUUCGUACUUAGAGGCUAGGGCAUCUAAUUGAAGAAGUAAUUAGACAGGAUUUGUGGAAGAACAUUUCACUUGGAAGAGAGGACCUUCUAAAAUCUAGUGAUCCGUUUUGAGGAGGCUUUAUUAUGUUAUGUUUUAAAAUCAAUUGUAAAUUCAAAACUAUAUAUUUAAUUUGUAAUUAAUUUUGAAGUGCUUGGAUAUAUUUUCAUAAAAUUAUAA